AUGUUUACUUUACUGAAAAUACCCCCUCACCAUAGUAGGCGUCUUUCUCUUCACUCACCCUUCACCACCACCCUUACACCGUCACCGUCACCACCGGCAGCCGAUCCAACCGCCAUAGUCAGCCUCAUCCUCACUUCGACUAACCCACAAACCCUAACCCAAACCCUCCACUCCCCUACUCUCCCCUGGACUCCAGAGCUUGUCGACCAAAUUAUCAAACGCCUCUGGAACCAUGCCUAUAAGGCUCUCCACUUCUUCACCGUCCUCUCCUAUCACCCAACCUACUCUCACUCUCUCUCCUCCUUUGACCACGCCGUUGACCUCGCAGCUCGCCUGCGCGACUACAAAACUGUAUGGACCCUCGUGCACCGGAUGAAAUCCCUCCGCCUGGGCCCCACCCCAAAGACAUUUGCAAUCAUUGCUGAAAGGUACGCCUCUGCUGGGAAAGCUGAUAGAGCAGUAAAGCUUUUUCUGUCAAUGCAUGAACAUGGUUGUGGUCAAAGUUUGACUUCUUUUAAUACCAUUCUUGAUGUGUUGUGUAAAGAAAAGAAAGUUGAGAAAGCUUACAACUUGUUUAAGAUUUUUAGGGGUAAAUUUAAGGCUGAUGUUGUUAGUUAUAAUGUAAUUGCAAAUGGGUGGUGUUUGGUUAAGAUGACUGGAAAGGCUUUGGAGAUUUUGACGGAAAUGGUUGAUAGAGGAUUAGAACCCAAUUUGACGACUUAUAAUAUAAUGCUUAAAGGGUAUUUUAGAGCUGGUCAAAUUGAAGAAGGUUGGAGGUUCUUUUUGGAGAUGAAGAAGAGGAAAUGUGAAAUGGAUGUUGUUACUUACACCACUGUGGUUCAUGGGUUUGGUGUUGUGGGUGAAAUUAAGCGAGCUCGAAAGGUUUUUGAUGGGAUGAUUAAGGAGGCUGUGCUCCCAUCAGUUGCAACUUAUAAUGCUCUGAUUCAAGUUUUGUGUAAAAAGGAUUCUGUUGAGAAUGCUGUAGUGCUUUUUGAGGAGAUGGUGAGGAAGGGUUAUGUGCCCAAUUUGACGACUUAUAAUGUGGUGAUUAGAGGGUUGUGUCAUGCAGGUGAAAUGGAAAGAGCUAUGGAAUUUAUGGGAAGAAUGAAGGAUGAUGAGUGUGAGCCAAAUGUACAGACGUACAAUAUUAUGAUUAGGUACUUUUGUGAUGCGGGAGAUGUUGAGAAGGGUUUAGAUUUGUUUGAGAAGAUGGGUACUGGAGAUUGCUUGCCAAAUUUAGAUACAUACAAUAUUUUGAUAAGUGCAAUGUUUGUGAGGAAGAAAUCUGAUGAUUUGUUGGUUGCUGGGAAGUUGUUGAUUGAGAUGGUUGAUAGAGGAUUCAUGCCUAGGAAGUUCACUUUGAACCGGAUUUUGAAUGGGCUUCUACUAACAGGUAAUCAAGGUUUAGCUAAAGAGAUUUUGAGACUGCAGAGCAGAUGUGGCCGUUUUCCUCAUCAAUUCAAAUUGUGA